AUGGACAUCGCUCAAGAAGAAAAUACCGAUCAGCAUUUGCAUUCUGGUAUUGGCAGUUCUACUGCACAUGGAGAAAAACUACCAAAAGACAAUGACACAAACAGUCGCAAAAGUUGGUGGUUCCUCUCAACGGCAUUCCCGAUGAUUGCUGGGACUUUAGGUCCAGUUGCUUCAGCAUUUAGUAUAUGUUCAUUAGCUGAGCCGUGGCGACAAAACCUUGUUCCUGGGGCAAAUGUACAGAGCGCCGUGGAUGUUCCUGAUCCUUCAUGGUUAGUGGUCAUAGAGGCUAUCCAACUCUUGGUCGGUAUCAUUGCGAAUCUCUUCCUUCUUCUCAACAUGGCGAGACGGAUCCGUUUCGGUUUGGCUCUGCCUGUCACGAUAGUUGGAUGGUAUACCUCUUCAAUAUGUCGCAUCGCUCUAAGCGCUACUGCCGCUCGGCCGUUCAAAGACAAAGGACUAUCUAACGAAGAUGUUAUCUGGUCUCAGUCUUUCUACUAUGGCAUGUUUGCGGCUAUACUCUAUUUUGCUGAUGCAACACUGCUUGCUUUGACCGUUUGGGGCGCUCAUACGAAUCGCUAUGAAAAGAGCUUACCACUAACUGUGAGUCAACGUACCCUAAUGCUUCAGAGCAUCUUACUCCUGAUAUACCUCCUUCUUGGAGCCUAUGUUUUCUCCAAGAUUGAGUCCUGGAAUUACAUAGGGGCUUGCGUCUUCCAAAAAGCUGAGGAGGCCCAACAAAGCUGGACAUACUUUGAUGCCAUUUAUUUCUGCUUCGUGGCCUGGACGUUAAUUGGAUAUGGGGAUUUAUCGCCAAAGUCUAACCUCGGACGAUCCUUCUAUGUCUUUUGGUCUCUUCUUGCUCUGCCAAUUAUGACGAUUCUCAUAUCAAAUGCCAGUGAUACUGUGGUUAGGAUUAUCCGAGAUGGAACUAUUCUCAUCGGCAAAGUUACGGUUUUGCCGGAUGAACGUGGAUUUGCGAGGAAUUUGAAGACUAUUAUUAGCAAAAUUACAUUUGGCAAAGUCUUCACAGGGAACACGAAUAAACCUGAUUAUAGAGGAGCAUCUUCAAAAGCCAUUGGUCAACAAUUGCCUACCCAUCAACCUCUUUUCACGAUACCCGAUCCACAGAAACCUCAACCUCGUGCGGAUUACAUCUCUCGUUCACAGAAUAAUGUUGGCGACCUUCCCACAGGGGUCCAUCUACAACUCCUUUUGAUAGCCGAGAUUCGUGACAUUUUGGGCCACCUUAAGGAGACCAAAUCUCAUCACUAUACUUUCGAACAAUGGGCCUGGUAUCUCAAGCUUAUCGGAGAAGAUGAGAGUGAUCCAAGAACACAUGGCAGCGUUGACCAGCAGGAGUGUGACCAUACUGUCUUAAGAAAAUGGUCGUGGAUUGGAAGUCAGAGCCCUUUGAUAAGUACCAAUGGGGAAAGUGACUGGAUUCUGGGAAGGCUGAUGGAUCGGCUUCAGCUAUCGUUGACAGGAGAAAGCAGGGGUCAGGAGAUAAGAUAG